CUCCAAAGAGACGCUGAAAGGACAAAUACGCAUGAGGGAGUCAAGAUGCUGGUUGGUUUCCUUUUUCUGCUCCUUAUCUCUGAUGAGAUUAAUUCUGAGCAGAACUGCAGUUAUCAGGAUGUUUUGAACUAUUUAAACCUGUCAAGUAACAACGAGCUGUACUCCAUGACCCGGCCCGUCAAAAACUAUAAAAAUCCCACACUAGUGUCACUGGAAGUUCUGCUCUAUGCCAUCCUAGAUGUGGUUGAAAAAGACCAGAAAUUUAUUCCUUAUGUGUGGACUGUCACAAGGUGGAACAACGAAUACAUUUCUUGGGAUCCAGAUCAGUUUUGUGGAAUUGAUAAUGUUUCUCUACGUACUGAAAUUUUAUGGAAACCAGAUCUUACGAUUGUAGAAAUGACAGAGAAAGACAAAGCCCCUCCCAGUCCUUACCUCACCAUCAACAACAAAGGAGACGUUGAAGUUCAGAACGACCAGGUGUUAGUGAGCACCUGCAGGAUGCAUAUAUACAAGUUUCCUUUUGACAUUCAGAGCUGCAACCUCACCUUCAGGUCCAUCAUACACACGGCCAGAGAGAUCCGUCUGCAGCCGAGUGACAACUCUUCAGAGGCCACAGAGUGGUCUCGGGAAGUGAUGCGGACUCAGUAUGAGUGGCUGUUCAUCGACAUGAUCGUCACUGCAAACAACGCUACCAUUUUAACUGAUCAAGAUGUCGUCAUUUACACUAUCACGAUGAAGAGGAGGUCUCUGCUGUACAUUGUCAACUUCCUGCUGCCGGUUCUCUUCUUCUUGUGUUUGGACUUGGCCUCCUUCAUGAUCUCAGACUACGGUGGAGAGAAGCUCAGCUUUAAAGUCACCGUGCUGCUGGCCAUUACAGUGCUGCAGCUCAUUCUCAAUGAAAUUCUGCCGUCCUCCUCUGACAGAGUCCCACUCAUAGCCGGUUAUUGCAUCGGGAUUUUUGCUCUGAUGAUGCUCAGCCUCCUGGAGACGAUUUUUGUGAUGUAUCUGAGACAGAAAAGCUCCCAAGAUACAGAGAGAGACGGAUGCAUGAUCCACGAAUCUAUCAAGUCCAACAAAGAAUCACAUGACUGGACCUCAGGUGGAUUUAUCUACAACGUGUCUUCUAGUGAAACCGGUGAGAUCCUGCCUGGUGCCAAAGAGGACAGAAGCAGCAAACUGCUGGGGGAGUGCUACACCCUGGAGAGGCUUUCAGAUGAGCUGAGGGCGAUGGAGAAGAUGUUAACUCUGCUCUUCAAGUCCAACAAAGACGAGGAGACGAGUGGCUACUGGAACAGGGUGGCUACAAGAGUUGACAAAGCUUUCUUUGUUUUCUACGUCCUUGUGGUCAUCCUUUUCCUGGUUUUCAUUUUCUUAGAGUGGCAAAGUGAUUCCAUUGAUACUACAUAACACAAUUCAGGUCUACAUUUAUGUAGCCAUGAUCCAAGUCAUCUGAAUAACUGCAUCCUGAUUUUGUUGUACUUAUUAUAACCUGACUAAUAUAUCUAUCUGUUCCAUAUUAAAGCACAGUGGCAUAUAUGUAAAGCUAUUCAUCAGAAGUUGUUCAGCUGAAAAAACAUAUUUAAUUUAGUAGCAGAAAAGAAAGAGGAAACGGUCUUAGUAAUUAUCAAACGCUCACUUUUCCCUUUUACGUCAUUAGUUAAUUUUGAAGUUAUAGUUUGCUGAAAGUGCACAAGCCAGCACAGUAAAAUAACAUGUUGUGUAAUAAAGCUGUUAAAAUAAAGGAGCACUGCAGGUUAAAAGACAAAUUUACUUUACAGAGUUAUGCAAAAAUCAAAUACUUUCAGCUGCACAAUAGAUCCCAUUAGGAUCCAUCGUAACUUUAACUUUAUUAGAUUGUUAGCAUGAUUUAUGGGUUUUUUUCAGUAAACUAAAGCAAUUCAGUCACACCAGUAAUAUGUGCUUCUGAAAUAUUUAUCUAAAAGUAGAAUUUUUUAUAUAUAUUUGUUUGUCCUGCUGCCUGCUUAAACUGGAUGGAGAACAUCAACGCUAAAAAUGUAGUGACUAAGUUCAAAACUUCACCAGACCUCUUUGGAUUUUCAGAAAACAAAAUUGUUGGUAUAAAAUAAUUUGAUCUGAUUACAUUUUUUUUAAGUUUUGGUGACAAAUGAACACCAGUCUUCUUUGGUGUUGUAUAAUAGUUUAAAGUGAAAAUAGAGCCAGAAUGCUGGCUCAGCGGAUAUUGGGAUAUCCAGUAUCCAACUCGAACCUAACUUCACUGCGGUCGGUAACAAUAAAAACACCGGGACAAAGUUUGUUUUGGUCUGUGGCCUGUAAAGAUGGCGCCGAGCAACUGCGCGAGAUGUAAACGCCCCACAACGUCUUACGCAGUGACGUUGGAUCCAAAGCUCUAUUGGCCAAUAGUAGGAGAAGGCAGCUCUCCUCAUUAACAUAAAGAUGCACACGGAGAAGCAGAAAAAGGACAAACAGAAAAAGGAGGGGAGGCAAUGACAAAAGGAGAGCUUUUAUAAGGAAAAGACAAAACAAAAUAUCUACUUUUCUUGACAAAAACGCGUGUUUAAAGGAAAUGAAAAGAAAUAGAUACAUUUCUUGACGGAAACUCAUGUGUAAGGACAAGGAAAAACUAAAUAUAUAUUUAUGCUUUUAUUUCUUAUUAUGUCAGUUUUGGUCCUCCAUAGAGAAAUAGCGCCACGACUGAAUUAUUAAUAUAUUUCCUGUAACAGUUGACAUGAUUUUUAAUGACUGCAUGCUCAUUUACGUGUUUUUUGGAUGUUAGCAGAAUAUAGACCAUCAUUUGUAAUGUAAACGCAACUUCUGAGACCAGAGCAAUGGAUAUUAUAUUACUACAGUCAGAACUUUAGUCACAAUUUUCAUAUCUUCCAAAGCAUGUUUGUGUAUUUAAAAAUUAUUUUAAUGGGCGUUCAAGCAUGAAGAAAUAAAAGAUCAAGUUUUGUCGUGUGUUUCUACAAACAAAUAAAAAAAAUCUGAGCACUAAAUGUUGCAGAUUCCACUUAGUGGUUUUAGAAACCUGUCCAGAUAA